CCCGCCGGCCGCGUCAUGCUCCGGCCAUUCCCCUGCCCCCACCGCACGCCCGCCGCCGCCGCCAGCCCGCCCCCCGCCGCCGCGGCCGCAGCCAUGGCGCCGUCCUCCUCCCGCUCCCACUCCCACUCCGGCGGCGGGGGCGGCGGCCACGUCUCCCUCUCCCUCUCGCCUUCCUCCUGCAGGCACACCCCCUCCUCGGCCACGCUCGAUCUCCUCAUCCUCCUGCUCGUGCUCUUCUCCCUCGCCUUCCUCCUCGCCUCCUCGCUCGCCCACGUCUCGCGCUCGCUCUCCCCGCUCCUCGCGUCGCCGCCCGCCGCCGCCGCGCUGGCCUCCGCCGCCGCCGCCCUGCCCUACUUCGCUGCCGGCCUCCCCUACGUCGCCGCCGCCGCGGUGCUCGCCACCGCCGCCUUCCUGUCCUGCCGCCGCCUCCCUCGCCGCCGCUGCCGCAACCCGCGCUGCCGCGGGCUCCGGAAGGCGCUCGAGUUCGACGUGCAGCUCCAGAGCGAGGAGGCCGUGCGGGCUGGCGGGGGGAGCACCGUUGGCGGCGCUGACGCCGCCAUGUGGCGCGAGAUCGAGACCUUGCCGUGGAAAGGAGGCCAGAGCGGGAACAAUCCGGACUACGAGUGCCUUCGCGCAGAGCUCCGCCGGAUGGCGCCGCCCAACGGCCGUGCUGUCCUGCUCUUCCGCAACCGCUGUGGCUGCCCGGUGGCCAAGCUCGAGGGCUGGGGCACCCCAAAAAGCAAGCGGCGGAAUAAGAAGUGAGAGCCCAUUGACCAUUUCUCCUUUCCUUGCAACUUCAUGAAAUAAGGGCACGCAAGGUUCUUCACUGGACGGAGGGGUGCGAUAAACAGAAGUCUGUUAAACAGUGCUGCCUAGGCUGCCAUGGAAUAUUUGUUGAAUAAUACUUCCAAUGAAAGAUACAUCAAUUACAAGUGGUUGCACCAUAAUUGUAUUGUUAGACGGGGUUCGCUGAAUCUCAACAGAAAUACCGAUAUGAGACAAACAUUGCAAUAAUAAUAGACUGUCAAAGAAAGAAAAUAAAACGUUGGAGAUGUACCAGUA